AUGGCUUUGGACGCGAUGGAAAAGCAACCCAGGCACGAUAUCAGCCAUGCCGGCAGUAGCCUGGAAACCGGGGCCCCCGAGACCGCGAUCGAUGAGAAGCGAGAGAGGGCGCUUCUGCGCAAGAUUGACCUGCAUCUCAUGGUGCCCCUCUGGGUGAUCUUCGUUUUCGGCUUCCUGGACCGAAUUAACCUGGGCAAUGUGGCGGUGUUGGGGAUUCUCAAGGAGUUGAAAAUGGAUGGGAAGGAUAUGGCGCUUGCGAUGCAGAUCUUCUUCGUCCCGUAUAUCGUCGCUGAUAUCCCGAGUAAUAUUAUUCUUAAGCGGGUCGCGCCGUCAACCUGGAUCAGUGUGUUGACCUUUUUCUGGGGCAUAACAUGUAUGUGCCAGGGCCUGGUGAAGAAUAAAGCUGGUCUGGUCGCAUGUCGCUUCUUCAUGGGUCUCUGUGAGGGAGGCUUUGUGCCCGGCUGCGCAUACCUGAUGUCUAUGUACUACAGACGGCAUGACUUCCAGAAGCGGUUCUCGCUUCUCUGGGUGGCUGGUCUAGUUGCCGGUGCCUUUGGAGGCCUGUUGGCAUAUGCUCUCUAUCAUAUGCAUGGCUUGGGAGGCUACUCUGGGUGGCGGUGGAUCUUCAUCAUCGAAGGCCUGCUGUCGAUUGUCUCGGCUCUCCCUGCCAAGUUUCUGAUCGCCGAUUGGCCGGAGCAAGCUAGAUUCCUCAGCGGCGAGGAGAAGACCUUGCUCAAGGAACGCCAUGCCCGUGAUGUUGGUGGAUGCGAAGGGGCAAGGAUGGAUCGACUUGACGGCGCCGCGUGGCGGAGGAUCAUGUCCGACUGGAAGAUCUACGUCGGCAGUUUGAUCUACAUCAGCAUCACCGUCUCAGGAUACGCGACCUCGCUGUUCAUCCCCUCGAUAGUGAACUCCCUCGGAUACUCUGGCAUCGACAGUCAGAUCCACAGUAUCCCGAUCUGGGCCGUCGCCGCGGCUGUCACUUUGAUCGUUUCAUACCUGACGGACCGCGUGCAGCAUCGCUAUGGCUUCAUUAUGUUCGGAGUCCUCUUCGCCAGCAUCGGCUAUAUCAUCUUGCUCUGCCAGGGACCUCCCCAUCAGUACGGGGGACUGAACGUGCAUGUGCGGUAUAUGGCGGUCUUCUUCGUAACGACGGGCUGUUAUAUCGUCCAGCCGGUGGCGAUCGUUUGGAUGGCGAACAACCUGGGUGGUCACUACAAGCGUGCCAUAGGCCUUGCCAUCCAGAUUGGGUUUGGUAACAUCGGAGGCAUCAUCGCGAGCAACAUCUUCAACUCGGGUUUCGCACCUCGGUAUUUCGUCGGAUACGGCGUGUCUCUGGCAAUGAUGGUGCUCUGCGGGAUAAUGAGCACCGUGUUUGCCGCUGGGGUCUUGAUCGAGAACAGAAAACGGGAUGAAGGCAAGCGUGACUAUCGGUUGAGUUUGGAUGCAAGUGUUGUGAACAAUAUGGGCGACGACGACCCGAGAUUCCGAUUCUGUCUCUGA